CCAUAAUGGCUCUGCUUACCUUCUGCCCACUCUUCUCUCCAAACUCUGUUUCUUCUUCCUCUGUCCUAAACCGCACAGCACCCAACUUAGUAGUCAACACGACACGAACACCCACCAGAACACGAUCAGGAACCAAAGCUGUGACCUUUGCUGCUUCUUCUUCUUCGUCCGAGGAUUCUCACAAAUCAACAAAGCUGGUCACUUUCUUGGGGAAAGGUGGGUCCGGCAAGACCACCUCUGCCAUUUUCGCUGCCCAGCAUUAUGCUAUGGCUGGGUUUAGCACAUGUUUGGUUAUACAUACACAAGAUCCUACUGCUGAGUUCCUCCUUAACUGCAAAAUUGGAACAUCUCCAGUUGUAUGCAGUGAAAACCUUUCAGCUCUUAGGUUUGAAACCACCAAAAUGCUUCUAGGACCUCUGAAGCAGCUAAAGCAAGCAGAUGCUCGUCUGAAUAUGACACAAGGAGUUCUUGAAGGGAUUUUUGGGGAAGAGCUUGGUGUGCUUCCGGGGAUGGAUCCUAUUUUCUCCGCAUUAGCACUGGAGAGGCUUGUGGGGUUCUUUGGGAAUUUGGCUCAAAGAAACCACAAUAAAGAUAAAUUUGACAUAAUUGUGUAUGAUGGUAUGAGCUCUGAUGAAAUGCUAAGGAUGAUAAGUGCAGCCAGUAAAGCAAGGUUGUACUUGAAAUAUUUACGGAAUGUGGCUGACAAAACAGAUCUCGGGAGGAUGGCUGGUCCUUCGCUUCUCAGGCUUGUGGAUGAAGCAAUGAGUCUAACCAACAGUGCACAUCUUUUCAAUGGGAAUAGGACUGCAGGUAUAUGGAACAGUGUUGAACAAAUGUUGGAGAGAGGAUCAUUUGCUUUCUCAGAACCACAUAAAUUUGGCUGCUUCCUAAUGUUGGACCCUAAUAAUCCAGCAUCUAUUAGUUCUGCAUUACGAUAUUGGGGUUGCACGAUCCAAGCAGGUGGACAGAUUUGUGGAGCAUUUGCCAUCACAUCACCAAAAUUAAAUACAGAGUCAGAGGAAGAACUGAGGAAUAUAUUUUCACCCUUGCCGUUUGCAUUCAUUCCACAUAUCUCCCUGGAACCCCCUCUGGACUGGGUUGCAAUCACGCGAAACACUGCUGGUGAAAAUGCGAGAAAUCUUCUUUCUACGACAGCAAGUGGCAACAGUAGCUUAAUGUCCUCAGUAACAUUUGAUGCAGCCAGAAAGUCAAUAAUCCUUUUCAUGCCAGGUUUUGACAAGUCAGAGAUCAAGCUAUAUCAGUACAGGGGAGGAUCAGAGUUAUUAAUUGAAGCCGGAGAUCAAAGACGUGUAAUUUAUUUGCCUUCAAAAAUUCAAGGGAAGGUUGGAGGUGCCAAGUUUGUUGACAGAAGUCUUGUAAUCACAAUGAGAUAGUGUAGUGUAAUCAAAUUCUGGUAACUACAAUUAUUCAUGACCACUUUUGUAUCUCUGAGAGGGAUUAGGUG